ACGUAUUUCCUCAACAAGGGAGCUCGACUUCAAGCCGAUUACAGUGUCAUGUCUGAAGAUGACGUGCAUCUUCCACUCUGCAUCAUCAUUGCACAAGGCAAGGAAAGCUUCAUUCGGUGGACUGAGAUGCCAUCAGUCCAUAACAGUAACAGCACAUUAUUUUGGGGCUUGGUGCAGGGAAAUGGAACAGUUGAGCAGACCGUCAAUCUCUCCUCUGAGUACUACAUUGCCGUGCGCAACCUAAACAAUCAUCACGACACGACGGUGCAGCUGGAAUUCAGAAUCAGGGCCUUGCUCUACAACACCAGCGGAGCAGAUUACAGAUGCUCACCGGGACCGGGUCACGCUAUCUGCACCUACAGAUUGCCAUUUCUAGGACGGAAUGUCGCAGUCCUGUUGUCCGGCCACACAGAGAGACUGAAUUCUGAUGCACAGCACGUGAAGCUGUCAUACGAACCUCGCUGGACGGUGUACGUGGUUGGAUCAGUCGUCUUGGCUCUUGUGCUGCUGCUCUUGUACGAGAUACUGGACCAGCUGUUCGGUCCCUGCACCGGAGGCGGUGGCGGCGCGGACCUGAGAAGGCCACUGCUGGCGGGCAAAGAGGACGACGGCGCGAGCCUGGGCUCGUCGUACGACUCCGUCUCGCACGAUGGCAGCGACGACCGGGAGCCGGAGGAGAGGGGCGAGGGCGGCGGCGGAUGCGUGCUCUGCUGCGACGCCCCGAAGGACUGCUUCUUCCUCCCGUGCGGGCAUUCUGCCACCUGCUACGCGUGCGGUGCCAGAGUCGUGGAGGAAAAUGGUGGCUGCCCAUUCUGCAGAAGGAAGCUCAAGAAAGUGAGGAGGAUCUUCACUGUAUGACCAAACUGACUGAUCACCAGUGUUGCUACUGCCAAAAACAAAAGAAAAAAAAAAAAAGACCAAACUGACUGAUCACUAGUGUGUUGCACUGCUGCACUGUCAAAAACAAAAACAACGCCCACCGUGGGGCUCGAACCCACGACCACAAGGUUAAGAGCCUUGCGCUCUACCGACUGAGCUAGACGGGCUUUGUGAG